UCGACAUGUUUUAGCAAAUCUUUUAAUUGCUGGUAAGGAUAAUCUAGCAAUAAUGGUAUUUACUCACACAACUUUCAAAUGAAUAGUCAACAAUCAAAGAGAUAAGAAUAUGUAAGUGGAUAAACAAUAAUAAUGUAUCCCUACUCAAAGAUAGUGUCAAACAUUAAAUGUAACACAUAAUAACCUCUUUGAGGUAAGUUUUGUUUUCUGUAGAUAUGCUGACUAGAUAAUGGUUAAUUCUAUAUAUCCAAGAAUAUAAAUUUUGAACAUGUGUAUAUAUAUACGUAUUGAUAACGAAUCAUGGUCGUCUUCAUAUACUAGCAACAACAUACAUAACCGAAGCAAUCAAACCAAAAUCAUUUCUGCCUUUUAAUGAAUCUCCAGAGAGUGAGAGACUGACUAAAAGGCUAAAACACUCUCUAUCCAAACAAACUCUUCAGAUUCUCGAGAAAAAUAUUGUUUUCUGUCUCCUAGUUUUGUCUCUUUGUAAUAGAUUCUUCUUUCCUGCAUCUGUCUCUCUCCCAUUUUUUCUGUAAGGGGAAUCUGAGAUUCAGUCUCGGAGAAAAAAAAAUCGAUUUUUUUUUGAAUUGGUGAUGUACAUUGAUUGCUUUCGUCUUUGAUUGGAAAAAUUAUGAAUCCGUCUGAAUCGUCUCUCGGCGGGAAACAACCGAGUCUCCGUCGAAGCCUAUCGACGCCGACGCUGUGCGGCGGAGGAUCCACGGCGGCGGAGUUCUGCGGCGGCACGACGGCGGGAUGCGCUGCCCUAUGCUGCUGCGCCCCUUGCAGCGUGGUGAGCCUCGUCGUGUUCGCCGUCUACAAGGCUCCCCGGAGAAUCUGCCGCCGCGCUAUUCGCCGUGUGCGGCGGAGGAGACGAAGGAUAUCGAAGAAGGAGGUUUCGGAUAACGGAGAUUGCGAGAAGAAGCUGUGCAAAGUUGGGAGCUCACAGUUCGCUGUUCAUCCGUUAGAGAGUAAAGACAAUGAAGAUAUGGAUAAGUUAGCGAUGUAUUUGUCGGAAGAAGAAGAAGAAGACGACGAAGUGAUUGCGUUAGAGAAAGAGAUGUGGAAUAGAUUUAACAGUGGAGGUUUCUGGCGAGCCGAAACGGCGUCGUGUAGACAGUUUGAAAUGUAGUUUGAUCAAAACAUAUGAUUUUGUUCAUAAUUUUCAAAUAAAUGUCUCCAGUUCAAUGUAUAUAUGAUCAAUAAUGAAUUCACAUCAUGAGAAAUGAAAAGAGUCGAGAUCGUAUUA